ACCACUCACUAACUCUCACACACCUCCUCCUCCCUUCCCUUCCCUCUCUGCUCUCUGCGCUACUAUUUUAUUCAACUCUCUCUCUCCCACUUUCACAAAACACAAUUACACCCAGUUUUAUACCUCAAUUCUCUCUCGUUAUGGAUGAACUGUACGGACUCCAUUCGACCACUACCGACUACUCUGUGCAGCCUUUAAUGGAUAGCUAUUUCCUGACCAAUUACCAGUCCUUCCCGUCUCCGGUUGCCGGUUUCGGAGACCGGAUGCCAGUCUUUGGGCCAGACCGGUUGUUAUCAGGUUCAGCAUCUUCGGCGGUGUCUGAUGCUGCUUCCAUGGUGGCCGAAAUUCAAAGAGGAGUUUCAGACGAGGAAGUUUCCGGUGCAACAAGAGCGAAAAUUGUCUCCCAUCCUCUAUAUCCUAAACUUGUCCAAGCUUACAUCGAUUGUCAAAAGGUCGGAGCACCACCGGAGAUAGCGGACGUGUUCGACGAAAUUCGAAAAGAAAGCGACCUAUGUUAUAGGGCACCCGUUGCUUCAACUCGCUUGGGUGCCGAUCCAGAGCUCGACCAGUUCAUGGAAACUUACUGCGAUGUAUUGGCCAAGUAUAAAUCGGAUCUCGAGAGGCCUUUCGACGAAGCUACUUCUUUCUUGAACGAUAUUGAAACGCAACUCAACACUCUCUGCAACGGCGCUUCCAGAAGCUGCGUUUAUGAGGAAGUAGGCGGGUCAUUGGAUGAAGAUGUCAGUGGAGGAAGAGGAGUGGUGGAAGAGUGCCAGCCUACACACAAUGAUCAUGAGCUGAAGGACAAGCUCCUGCGACAAUAUAGUGGUUAUAUUAGUAGCUUGAAGCAUGAAUUCUCAAAAAAGAAGAAGAAGGGAAAGCUACCAAAAGAAGCAAGGCAAAUCUUGCUGGACUGGUGGAAUAUUCACUACAAAUGGCCAUACCCAACUGAAGUCGACAAAGUUGCACUGGCUGAAUUAACAGGCCUAGAUCAGAAGCAAAUCAAUAACUGGUUCAUAAAUCAAAGGAAGCGGCACUGGAAACCUUCAGAGAACAUGCAGUUUGCUGUCAUGGACAGUCUCUAUGGACCAAUAUUCAUGAAUGACUGAGAUGGGAUCCUUAUCAUUUUGUUGCUAUAUAUAUAUAUAUAUAUAUGAGAUUUUGAAUGUAACGAUCCGCUGAUGUCGGAAUUUUGGAAUUGCAUUUCCCAUUUGCAAGUAUGUAUCUAAGAUGCUCAUCAAGGUAGUAGUGACUCGUGUUGUAUUCCACAUUGAUUUUUGAAUUUUACGUCACCA